AUGCCUGUAGGGGAGCUCUUUCUCUCUGCUUUCGUUUCGGUGUUGUUUGAGAGAUUGACAUCGCCGGAGUUGCUGCAGUUUGCGAGUGAAGAGGGGAUACGGUCAAAGCUGAAAAAGUGGGAGAAAAACUUCAGGUGGAUUGAGGCAGUGCUCAGCGGCUUGGAGGACAAGCAACUUGAUCCCAAGGACUCUGUUUCUGAAAUGUGGCUGGAAGAUCUCCGAGACUUGGUUUAUGAUGUCGAGGAUAUACUGGAUGAGUUCGCUACUGAUACUUUAGGGCGUAAAUUGACGGCAGAACGUCAUCCUAGCAUCAGCAGGGUACAGAAUUGCAUCCCAGAUUGUUUCACUGGUUUGACUCCACAUGCUAUCAAGUUCAAUGCCAGUUUGAGGUCCAAGAUAGAAGAGAUCGAUUUGGGGUUGGAAGAUCUCGAUGCAAGAAUAAGAUUUCUUGCGUUAACCAGAGCGAAUUUCGGAUGCCCAUCAGCUGCUGCAUACCCAAAGCCAACCAGUGGAUGGCUGCCAAUUGAACCUGCCAUUUGUGGGAGGGAUGAUGAUAAAGCCAAAAUCCUUGAAAUUGUGUUUCAGGAUGAACCAGGUGAUGACAAGUUUCGCAUAAUACCCAUCAUCGGCAUGGGAGGAAUUGGCAAAACAACACUAGCUUGGGAGGUGUACAAUGAUAAAGCAGUGAACAAUUUCCACCCAAGAGCAUGGGUUUGCAUCGCCAGUGACUUUGAUGCUCUAGGAAUCUCCAAGGCAAUUAUUGAGUCGAUCACUUCCAAGUCUUGUGAUGAAGAGACUUCGGGUCGAGUUUAUGGAAAACUGAAAGAUGAACUUGACCGGAAAAAAUUCUUGCUUAUUUUGGAUGAUGUAUGGAACAAGAACUACUGCGACUGGGAGUACCUGAAAUCUGCCUUUAAAGUUGGAGCACCAGGGAGUAGAAUAAUUGUGACUACUCUUGACUUCGAAGUUGUAUCAGCCAUGACUGGAUCCAAUGAAGGUCACAGUUUAAAGCCCCUGUCAGAUGAUGAUUGUUGGUCCGUAUUUGCUAAGCAUGCAUUCCAGACUAGAGGUAUUGGUGCAGUUUCAAAUUUGGACUGGAAACGUGAGAAAGUUAUUGCCAUGUGCGGAGGCUUGCCCUUGGCUGCAACAAUUCUUGGUGGUCUUCUCUACACCAAGCAAAGACGUGAUGAAUGGGAAGAUAUAUUAAGCAAAAACUGGAACUCAUUUGAUGAAGGUGACAAAAUUCUCUCAUUCGUGGAGAAGCAACUUGUCUUUUUAUGGAUGUCAGAAGGUCUUAUUCAACCAUCAAAUAACAAGCCACCAGAAGAGGAAGGUGGUAAGUACUUUCGAGAGUUAGUGUCAAGAUCAAUUUUUCAACAAUUAAGUAGGGAUAACACCAAAUUUGUAAUGCACGAUCUUGGCAAUGAUCUAGCUCAACAAGUUUCUGGAAAAACAUGUUUCAUGCUAAAAGAUGAAUUGGUCACUAGGAAGAUAUUGGGGAUUCGUCACUCUUCUUAUAUUUUGUUACUAGCAGAUUGUUGCUAUCUCUUAAAGCUACCUUCCAAGAUGAAGAAUUUGAUCAAUCUACGCCAUCUUGAUAUAUCAGGUGCAAAUUCAAUAUCAGAGAUGCCUUUAGGAAUGAAAGAUUUGACAUGCCUCCAAACAUUAUCUAAUUUUAUUGUGGGGAAAAAUACUGGAUCUGAUUUAGAAGAUUUAAUGUGUUUAAAGGAUCUUCGUGAAAAGCUUUGUAUCUCAAAGCUAGAGAAUUCACAGGAACCAACAACAUUCGUAUUGAGAGAUAUGCGUCACCUAAAAUUUUUGGUGCUAGAAUGGAGUCCUGAACUUGAUCAUCCACGAAUUAAUGCAGAAGAAGAAACGGUACUUGAAUGGCUGCAACCUCACGAAAAUCUGGAAGAACUCACGAUCAAAUGCUAUGCCGGUACAAAAUUUCCACCUUGGGUUGGGAAUCCCUCGUUACACUCGAAACCAAUGGUACUAAGGAUCCUAAGGUUGGAGAAUUGCAAAAAUUGCACUUCUUUGCCUUCAUUGGGGUUGUUUACAUCGCUAGAAGAACUCAUCAUCAAAAACAUGUCAGGAAUCAGAAGGAUUGGUUUUGAGAUAUAUGGGCAAUCGUUGGUGAAUCUUUCUUUUGAGGGUAUGAAAGAAUGGGAACAUUGGGAUCCUAUUGGCGAAAAUGAGCAUGUUGAAAGAUUCCCUUGUCUUCGAAAGCUUUCCAUAAAAAAUGGCCCCAAACUCUGUGGAGCACCAUUUAAUCAUCUUCAGUCAUUGGAGAAACUGGUGGUGUAUAAAUGUGGGCAGUUGGUGGUUUCCUUCUCAAGCUUUCCAAGGCUGUGCAAACUGCAAAUUAGAUAUAGAUGGCUGCAAAAAGAUGGCGUGCAGCAGUCUAACUGA